UAACGACGCCCAAACUCUAUCUUCUCCGCUACCCCAACCCCACCCCCACCCCCACCCCGCGUUUGUAUGCAUAUAUACUUUCCCUUCUUCACCCACUCUCCUCCAUCACAUCCCUCUCUGUAUUCAUCAAUUCCUCUGUAAAUUAUAAUAAUAAUAAAGCAUCCAAAAGCUCAUUUCAAUCUACAAUCUCUGUUUUUUGGAUUGGAUUCCGCAUCCGAUCGAAUCGAACCAUGCAGAAAGCAGCGGCAAUCCCUAACCAGACAUGGCCAAUUGCGGGCCCAUUAACCUCCACGCCGCCGCAGAUGAGCGCCGAAUCCGAUCCGCCAUCACCGCAAACCGAAGAUCUGAGGAAGACGGUGGCUGAGAACGCCGUGAUCGUGUUCGGCCGGCGCGGCUGCUGCAUGAUCCACGUGGCGAAGCGCCUCCUCCACGGACUGGGCGCCAAUCCGGCGAUCUACGAGGCCGACGAAGGCCGCGAGAGCGAUUUGAUCAAGGCGCUGGAGGAUAUCGGGGAUUAUGACCCGAAAGACGGCCGGUUGCAGUUCCCGGCUGUUUUCGUCGGCGGGAGGCUGUUCGGGGGAUUGGAUCGGGUUAUCGGCGCUCAUAUCACCGGCGAAUUGACUCCGGUGUUGAAAGAAGCCGGCGCCUUGUGGCUUUGAUUGAUCAAUAAUCUCGAUCGUCUGUACCUACCUACCUACCUACCUACCCUGUUAAUUAGAUCAGUUCAUUAUCAUUCUGCUUCCGAUCGAUUCUCAUCAACUUGUUCUUCCGAUCGAUUCCUUUUUCAGUACAUUUUCAAACUUUCUGGAAAUCGAUGAUAAAAAAAAAGGUUAUAAAUCCAUGGAGUUUAAUUCCGGGGGAUGCAUUUCUGGAUUCUAUGUAUAUACGAGUAUAAUACAACACAGAUCGCCAU